GUAGUCAAGUGCUUUUCACCGCCGGCCGGCCCGGUCUACAUUUUCCCCAUGCGAGACCGAACCGGCACCAGUAAUGGCUCUUAAAUGAUCGCCUCGAGCUAUUUUCAAGGGAAUUCAAGAGGCGCAUGUGGUUGAACGAUAAGUAGUUGAAACGAUUAAAGAAAAAGGCAUUUUAGCAUUUAUUUUUUUUUUAAAAAAAAUGCAGGACCAUGUUUUUGCUCUGAAAAAGGAGAAUUAUCAAAAUGUAUAUGUAAAUUUUUGCUUCCGGCGUGCUACACAAGUUGCAGACCGGAGCGCAACCUGAACAUUGAGGAUUCAGCGAAUUGGCGGAAGGCCGAACUACAACCCUCGUACUCUUCGCGUGCUUCGUUAAAUCUUCCAAUGGCGGUCCCGUUGGCGUUGGUGGUGCUUCCCCUAGGCCUCCUCUUCCUCCUUUCCGGCUUGAUAGUGAACCUCGUUCAGGCUACAUUUUUUAUUACAGUACGACCAUUUUCAAAGAGUAUGUAUAGGAGAAUUAACCGAGUGGUGGCUGAAUUGCUGUGGAUCGAGCUUAUCUGGCUGGUUGAUUGGUGGGCUGGUGUCAAGGUUGAACUAUAUGCAGAUUCCAAAACUUUCAAAUUAAUGGGUAAAGAGCAUGCACUUGUUAUAUGCAAUCAUAGAAGUGAUAUUGAUUGGCUUGUUGGGUGGAUUCUAGCUCAGCGUUCAGGCUGCCUUGGCAGUGCAUUAGCAGUCAUGAAGAAGUCAUCAAAGUUCCUUCCAGUCAUUGGAUGGUCAAUGUGGUUUACCGAAUACCUCUUUCUGGAAAGAAGCUGGGCCAGGGAUGAGAACACACUUCAGUGUGGCUUAGAACGAUUGAAAGACUUUCCAAGACCAUUUUGGUUGGCUUUGUUUGUUGAGGGGACUCGCUUUACUCCAGAAAAACUAUUAGCAGCACAAGAAUAUGCAGCUUCACAGGAUCUGCCUAUCCCUAGAAAUGUUCUCAUUCCUAGAACUAAGGGUUUUGUUUCAGCAGUAAAGAUCAUGCGACCUUUUGUUCCUGCUGUAUAUGAUGUAACGGUGGCUAUUCCUUCUGAUCAACCUUCACCAACGAUGCUUAGAAUUCUGAAAGGGCAAUCAUCAGUGGUACAUGUCCAUGUGAAGCGGCAUCAAUUAGCUGAUCUUCCUGGAACUGAUGAGGGAGUGUCACAGUGGUGUAAAGACAUAUUUGUAGCUAAGGAUGCUUUCCUGGACAAAUACAAAUCAGAGGACAGCUUUGGGGUUGAACAAAUGAAAAUUGGUCGUCCUGUAAAAUCAUUGCUGGUGGUGUCAUUUUGGAUCUGCCUUCUGUCAUAUGCUGCUUUCAGAUUCUUCAAAUGGACCGAGUUACUGUCAACAUGGAAAGGAGUUGCACUCACUGCGACUGGUCUUUUGCUGGUUACAGUAGUCAUGCACAUUUUUGUUAGGUUCUCCCAGUCUGAGCGUUCGGCCUCAGCCAAAGCUGCCCGGAACAGAGCUAAGAAGGACUAGGCAAACCAUUCUCAAAGCGUAUAAUCAACUUUGCCGGUCCUAAAUGUAGGAAAUCUUAUGUUCUGUCACUUCCGAUUGCUAGUUGUGAUUGCUAUUUUGUUCUUAUCUUUGUCCGAAAUCUUCACCGCUUUUGUCAUAGAAUAAGUGCAAGGUCCAAUCCUAUCAAGUCAUUUUCAUUCAGAUAAUUUGGAGAAGUGCAUUCUGCUAACUCCUUGUGAAUGCCAUCCGAACAAUGCUAUUUUCUAGCAGCUUGGGCCCAGCUAUUUUUGCUGGUUUCCAGUUCAGUAUGACGGUGAGUGUAACUUGUAUUUCUAUUAGUUAAUGUUAAGCAUAGUCAGUUUUAUAUGUUUA